AUGUAUUUAAUUCAAAUUGCUUAUCUCUCAGCAAUAUCACCUACAACUGUUAGUCAACCUUCCGAAGAUAUAGACGGUGAAGAUGACGACGGUGAUUGUGAUUAUACACCUACAUGUGGAGAUAAUGAAGUAUAUGAUGUCUGCCCCUCACCUUGUCCACCAAAAAGAUGUGACGUAGAUGAACUACUUAUAGACUGUGCACCGAACCCAUUACCUGGAGAUCCAAAUUGCGAACCAGGAUGUCGAUGUGCUGAUAACUAUUAUAGAAACGAAAACGGUCUGUGCGUGACAAAAGAGGAAUGUCCUCCUUUAAUCGAAUGUGGCCCCAAUGAAAUAGCACUAAGUUGCGUAAAUGGAGGUUGUUGGAAAGAAAGUUGUAAUUUUCCACAAACGAUAUGUGGAAAGCCGGCCCCUGGUAGCUGCAAAGAAGGAUGUAGAUGUAAAGAAAAUUAUUUGCGUUCUGAUAAUGGCACUUGUAUUCCGGAAAGUGAAUGUCCCCCAACUUGUGGGAUUAAUGAAGUGUAUGACGAAUGUCCGCCACUCUGUCCACCACAACGAUGUGAUGUAGAUGACAGGCUAAUAAGAUGCGCUGCAAAUCCGAAACCGGGUGAUCCUAAAUGUAAGCUAGGUUGCAGAUGCGCAGAAAAUUUCUAUAGAAAUGAUAAAGGAAUUUGCGUAACUAGAGCAGAAUGUCAACUACCAAAAAAAUGCGGUCCAAACGAAGAAUACUCUUCUUGUGCAAAUGGUGGUUGUAGAAGAUUUACAUGCGCAAUGAAUGCUAUUCUUUGUGUGGACUUAAUAGAAGGAGGCUGUGAGGCUGGAUGUAUUUGUAAGGAAUCCUACACCCGAGCCGAUAAUGGAACCUGUAUUCCCGAAAACCAAUGUCCUAUCAUAUGUGGAGAUAAUGAAGUAUAUGAUGUGUGUCCCUCACCUUGUCCACCAAAGAGAUGUGACGUUGAUGAACUACUUAUAGACUGUGCACCGAACCCAUUACCUGGAGAUCCUGAUUGCGAACCAGGAUGCCGAUGUGCUGAUAACUAUUAUAGAAACGAAAACGGUCUAUGUGUAACAAAAGAGGAAUGUCCCCCAAUGAUUGACUGUGGACCGAAUGAAAUUGCAUUACGUUGUGCAAAUGGUGGUUGUUGGAAACAAAGCUGUUCUCGACCACAGACGAAAUGUGUAAAGCUGCGUCCAGGAGCUUGUAAAGAAGGAUGUAGAUGUAAAGAAAAUUAUUUGCGUUCUGAUAACGGCACUUGUAUUCCAGAAAAUGAAUGCCCCCAGAAUUGCGGAAUAAAUGAAAUUUACGAUGAAUGCCCCCCUACUUGUCCUCCUCAAAGAUGUGAUAUAGACAACCGAGUAAUAAAGUGUAAACGAACACCAAUGCUGGGAGAUCCUGAUUGUAAACCUGGGUGCCGUUGCAAAGAUGAAUUUUACAGAAAUGAUUUAGGAAUUUGUGUCACUAGGGAUGAAUGUCCACCACUAAUAAAGUGUGGAGGUAAUGAGUACGCAUCAAAAUGUGCUAAUGGUGGUUGCAAAAAAAUAAGUUGCGCUGAACCAAUAAUCCGUUGUGUAAAAUUGCCGCCCAGUGCCUGUGAAGAAGGUUGUCUUUGUAAUGAAAAUUAUAUAAGAGCUGACAAUGGAACAUGCAUACCUGAAGAGGAGUGUCCGAAUAUUUGUGGCAUCAAUGAGGUUUAUGACAACUGUCCUCCUAUUUGUCCACCACAGCGAUGUGACGUGGAUAUAGCGACAAUAUUAUGCAAACCAAAUCCACUACCUGGGGAUCCGGAAUGUAAGCCAGGUUGUAGAUGUGCUGAUAAUUAUGCUAAAAACAAUGAAGGUAUAUGCGUGCCUCGAGACGAAUGCCCAUCUCCUAACAUAUGUGGUCUCAAUGAAGAGUAUUCUGAUUGUGCCAAUGGUGGCUGCAGGCGUCUUUCAUGCAAUUCUACUGGCAUCGAAUGUGUCGAUUUAAAAGAUGCUGGAUGUAAACCCGGAUGCAAUUGCAAAACGAAUUAUACACGUGCAGACAACGGAACGUGCAUUGCUGAAAGUCAAUGUCCUGCAACAUGUGGAGUGAAUGAAGUGUAUGACGAAUGCCCCCCACUUUGUCCCCCACAAAGAUGUGAUGUAGAUGAUCGAAUAAUAAGAUGCGCUACAAACCCCAAGCCGGGCGAUCCUAAAUGUAAGGCAGGGUGCAGAUGUGCAGACAACUACUAUAGAAAUGAUAGGGGAGAUUGCGUAACUAGAGAGGAAUGCUGUAUCAAAAUACACAAUUUUACUAUGAAAAUUAUUCUAGCUAAAUGCUUUGGAGCAAAUGAAGUGUAUGCAUGCAAAGACUCCAACCCUCAAACUUGUGAAUCGAUUGAUCAAGAAAUCAAACCAGACACGACAUCAAAAAAUUGUAGGAAAGAAUGUAGAUGUAAAGAAGGGUUUUACAGAAAUAAGAUUGGUGAAUGCAUAUCGAAAGAAAAUUGUUCUCAACCAUCUUGCGGUGAAAAUGAAGAACCGUCUGACUGUGCUAAUGGUGGAUGUAGGAGAUGGGAAUGUUCAGAUACUGGUGUUAUCUGUAAAGACUUACUGGAAGGUUCAUGUGAACAAGGCUGCGUUUGCAAAGACUCUUACACUAGAGACAAAGAUGGUAAUUGUAUUCCCGAAGACCAGUGCCCUGAGCUUUGCGGUCCUAAUGAGGAGUAUGGAUGUGAAACUACUUGCAACAAACAAUGUAUUGUUAUGAACGGAAAAUGUAUUCCUCCUAAAGAAUCCAAAGUUUGCAAGCUCCAAUGCCGUUGUAAGGAUGGUUAUAGCAGAAACGAAAAUGGCUUGUGCGUUUCAACCUGUGAUGGUCAAAGUGAAAAAACUGUCGAUGGCUUGACAGAAUUCGAAGAGGGUAAUCUUCGUUUUACUGAAAGUUUUCUAUUGACGGCUGCCAAAAAUAAUCCCAAUGCGAGUGUUAUAGGAUCACCUUUUAGUAUAUUAUUUUUGUUAGCCCAAUUGGCUUUAUAUGCGACUGGAAAUUCUAAAACAGAACUUUUGAGGUUGCUUAAUCUGAGCAAUGAUUGUGAGAUUCGUUCAUUUGUUCCGAAAUAUCUCCAACUAAUUUCGGUAACAAACAACGCUAGUUUCGACUUAGCUCAAAAAAUUUAUGGUAGUGCCAAAUAUCCGUUCAGUGAAAACUUCAAAAAGGAUACUAGAGAGGUAUUUAACGCCCAAGCACAAAAUGUUGACUUUUCAAACCCGAAAGAAGCAGCUGACAUCAUCAACAAAUGGGUAGCUAAGCAAACUCGUAAUCUAAUUCCAAAUCUCAUAUCGCCUGAUGCGCUAAGUUCUAAUACGCGUUUAGUUCUUGCAAACGCUAUAUACUUCAAGGGAGUUUGGAGAUAUCCAUUUAAAGCACAAAAUACCAGAUUGAUGCCAUUCUAUACUGGAAAAACAGAAGAUGAUUCCGUGCAAGUGAAAAUGAUGAAUCAGAUUGGUAAUUUCAAAUAUGCAGAAUUAAAAAACCCCGAUGUCCAGAUUCUUCAACUACCAUACAAAGCUGCUGAUAUUUCUUUUGUCAUAUGCUUGCCGAGAUCUAGAACAGGAAUCAAUGAUUUGAUUAAAAAUCUAAAAGAAUCAUCUGUUAUAAGGCGUUCAUUCACUGAAUUACAAUCUACUAGGGUAGAUGUAUCCAUACCCACAUUGGAUAUAUCGACAACUACCGACCUGAAACCUCUUUUGUUUGAUGCGGGUGUUAAAGAUAUCUUUGACCCCUCAACUGCUGGAAUAAGUGGAAUAUUGGAAAAGCCUGAAGAUAUUUUCGUGACAUCUGGUAUCCAAAAAGCUAAGAUACUUCUUAAUGAAACUGGAACUGAAGCCGCUGCCGCUACAGCGGUUGUCGUUGGUGUCAGGUCUCUUCCUAUAUCUGAACCUGAUCCUGUUAAAUUUAAUGCAGAUCAUUCCUUCCUGUACUUUAUAAUGAAUAAAAAAUUACUUAUCUUUGCUGGAAUGUAUCGAGGAACUCGAUAG